AUGUCCUAAACUUUAGAUGCGUUUUCUAGAAGCAUAGUAUUAACAACUAUACCUUUGGAAGAUUUAAAGUUCGUUUAUUCAGUACCAUAAAUAGUUGAUCCUGAUCCAAUCACAUGCAUUGUCGAGUCUAGUAUAAUUUAGUUUAGAUUUUUUAAUAGCUCAUGAAGAGGGAGGAAUAUAUGUUGGAGGAUAUGAAGGAGCAAAGGAUCUUGAUAUGCUUAAGAGAUUAAAAAUUAGGGCAGUAUUAACAGCAAGUUAGGAAACGGCAGUUUAAUAUAGUGAUUUGGUGGUUUAGUUUCAUCAUGUAGUAUAAGCACAUGAUAAAGAUGAUUAUAAUAUAUUACAAUUUGCAGAUUAAACAUUUGAUUUUAUUGAGAGACAUAGAAAACAUACUAAUAUAUUGGUUCAUUGUUUUUUGGGAAUCAGUAGAUCUCCUACUAUAGUAGUUGCAUAUUUAAUGAGGAAAUACAAUUUGAAUAUGGAGAAAGCUUUAUGGAAAUUGAAAUCAAAGAGAAGAUAGGUAAAUCCAAAUACAGGGUUUUUGAAAUAACUAUUAAAUUAUGA